GCCAAACACAACGGAACACAAGAAAUAUUGGGCUACACAUCCAUUGGCAAUUUGGCAUACGGUUUACAUCGCCGAAACUGAAACCACACCAACCAAACGCCACCCGAUCUCCGAACGAAAAAAGAGAGAGCACCGAAGCAGUAGCAAGCAGAGAUGCUCCUGGCUCGCGCCUCCCCCACCUUCCUCCCCUCCACCUCCUCCUCAUCCACUACCCCGUCGUCGCAGACGCUGCCGCCGUCCCUGUCCUUCGGGGGAAGGACCCAACGGGGCAGUGGCCUAGCCGCGGCUUCGCCGAACUGCGUCGUUAGACGGCCUGUGAUGGCGGCGGCGGCAGUCCCGGCGGCGAAGCUGGAGGACGCCGAGGCGCUCAUCGACUCCGUCGAGACGUUCAUAUUCGACUGCGACGGGGUGAUUUGGAAGGGUGACAAGCUGAUCGACGGCGUGCCAGCGACGCUCGACCUGCUCAGAUCAAAGGGCAAGAGGCUGGUGUUCGUGACGAACAAUUCGACCAAGUCCAGGAAGCAGUACGGGAAGAAGUUUGAGACGCUUGGGCUGAGUGUUAAUGAGGAAGAGAUAUUUGCUUCAUCCUUCGCGGCUGCUGCGUACCUGCAGUCCAUCGAUUUCCCCAAAGACAAGAAGGUCUAUGUGAUUGGAGAGGAAGGGAUUCUGAAGGAGCUGGACUUGGCUGGCUUUCAGCACCUCGGUGGCCCUACAGAUGGUGACAAGAAGAUAGAGCUCAAGCCUGGCUUUUACAUGGAGCAUGACAAAGAUGUUGGAGCAGUUGUAGUUGGAUUUGAUCGCUAUUUUAACUACUACAAAGUUCAGUAUGGAACACUCUGCAUACGUGAGAAUCCUGGAUGCCUUUUCAUUGCAACAAACAGGGACGCUGUCACCCAUCUCACAGAUGCCCAAGAGUGGGCAGGUGGCGGGUCGAUGGUCGGCGCUGUUCUUGGUUCAACCAAACAAGAACCGCUUGUUGUUGGGAAGCCAUCAACAUUCAUGAUGGAUUACCUGGCAAAGAAAUUUGGCAUUACAACAUCUCAGAUAUGCAUGGUAGGUGACCGUUUGGAUACCGACAUCCUGUUUGGCCAAAACGGAGGCUGCAAAACUCUUCUGGUUCUCUCAGGUGUGACUUCUGUGCAGAUGCUUCAGAGCCCUGACAACACGAUCCAGCCAGAUUUCUACACAAACCAAAUCUCUGAUUUUCUCACCCUCAAAGCAGCAACAGUCUGAACAAAUAUGAAGGGACUGUUUUAGCUGGGUGUGAGUGGUGCGGGAACAACAGGAGCAGGCACUGUUGAGAAUAGCGAGCCGAGGCCCCUUACAUUUGUAUAGCAAUUAGGAGAUCACAAGAUGGUAUUCUUUUAACAUUCAUUGUAAUUGCGAGACAAAUGUUUACAUGCAAGCACAUACAUCAUUAAGUGCAUAUCAAAUUGAUACUCCUGUCUUCUUUUC